AUGAAAUGUAACAAAACAAGAUCGGUUUUGGUGGGAUUAUGUCUCCUGGUAUGCCUGUUAGGAACGUAUGACGUCACUUCCGCGAACGCAGUGAUAACGGACAAAUGGGGGAAUGCGGUGUACGACAACGGCACGGUGAAGUUCGUCGACUGUCCUGUAGGUAACAAGUCGUACGUGACUAACACGACGUACGAUGACGGCGGCCUUGGAAUGAUAUUUGCCUUUGCACGUGACUUUAUUGAUACUGUCCAACCCAACGACUUUCCCUUUGGCGUCCUCAGCGAGGUGAUUAACGGUACGUUUGAGAUCGGUGAGGACUACAUGGAGCUGGUCCAGUACUCUGUGGGGUUUGCCAGCUGCUUCGCCAUCGGCCUCCUCUUCGUUAUCUUCCUCCCACUGUGUGGCUGCUGUAUCUGCUGCUGUAGGUGUUGCUGUGGCAACUGCGGCGGGGAUUUAAAAGCGACGUACGAUUCUAAUGAAGACUGCAAGAGGAUGGGCCUGGCGCAAGCGCUCUUCAUGAUGGUCGUCCUUAUGGCCGGAGCUGCAGGUUGUGUGUGGAUGACGAACGGUCGGUUCACGGUGGCCAUCGAGUACACAGAAAACAACCUAGUUACCAAUCUGAACGACGUCGAGGUCUACUUCAACAACGUUCUCGAGCAAUUCAUGUAUAUAUCUGGCGAUAUGUUCUCUCCAGUAGCCCAGGCUAUUCUGGACGACAUAGAAGAUCUCGGGGUUGUGAUAGAGAACGCUAUAUUUGACAAUCUGAACAUUGAUGACGUCAUAGAUUCCGUUCUCGCGCUAGACGCCACUGUCAAUAACAUCAGCACAGCUCUGACACAGGUGAGUACGGACACGGACGCCCUUGUGGCGGCCUCGGACGCCCUGACCACCGCCAUGAACGACCUAGGCACGGACAUCGACACCACAACGUCAUCGUGCUCCACUUCCGGUGCCGCUUGCCAAACCGCCUGUGACACGUUCGAUACGACCCCUCUUAAGUCAGGGUCCGCGGACUUCAGCUCGCUCCCGGACCUGUCGUCAGUACAAACUCAAGUCGACGCUGUCGUGGCCAUGAAUCUUACCCGCAUUGCUACAGAGGCUGAGGCGGGAGUAGAUGACGUAUCAAGUCUGGUCAGCAACAGCACCGCCGAUAUACGAACUAGUGAGUACCGAGUUCCUAAUAUGAGAAUCUCAGCUAUCAACAGCACCAUGAACGACUUCACAGUGGUUAUACAGAACAUGACAAAUCAACUCAAUGAAUCAUUAAACGGGACGGUUGAUUUAGGGAGCUUUGCGUCGGGUAUUGAGGACUUCUUCGGCAUGUUGGCAGGAUACGAUACGUAUAGGGUAUAUUUCGGUUGGGGCCUGUCGGGGCUGUUUACUGUGAUAGUUCUUCUCGCCAUUCUGGGGAUCUGCUGCGGGUGCCUGGGCCAGGAUUCUGACAAGCUGCCCACAGAGAGAGGAUUCCUCUCCAACACAGGCGGAUGUCUACUCAUAAUCCCCGUGAUCAUGAUGUUUGUCGUGGGCUCGAUGCUGAUGUUGUUGACGACCUUGACCUUUAUCAUCGGGGGUAACAUGGAGAAGUUAUGUCAGCCCCUCAGCGACCUCUCCAUGUUCAGAGACUUCGUGGACAAGGGGGACAUUGCGGGGAUGUCUCUUGGCGAGCUGCUCCAUGGCAACAAGUCCAUCGACAUCUCCUUCUACUCUUUCUUCCUCGGGUGUAGGGCGAACGAAGCCCCUUUCAAACUAUUGGCACUGGACCAGCUCUUGCCCCUUGAACAAUACCUCAACUUCACUAACUACACGUCAGACAUGAAGGACCAGAUGGGCGAUAUGACGUCAACCAUCGACCUGUCGGCGUUUUCCAUCCUCACUCCAGACAUGGAGACCGCCCUUACUGACCUCCGGGAUUCCGGCCUAGGGGACAUUGACUUCGCUGCAAUCAAUUCUACGUUGGGGCAGAGCGCCGUAGAUAUAGACUUCGACACGCUUAUAUCCGCCAUGGAGGUCAUCCGGGACUCAUGCUCCGGUGCCGCUUACACGAACUGGGACAGCCACAUCACGGACAUGGAAACCAUUCGUGACGUCACAUACCCGGAUGUUACCACUGCGCAGAGUGAUCUGCAAGACUCGAUGUCAGUUCUAGAAACACAUCUGAAUGGUCUUGAGGCGGCAAUCAACGCCACAUUGCUGACGGCGGAGGAGGCGGACGACCAGCUGCAGAACAACAUCACCGGCGUACUCACCGACGCUGUAGAAGAUUUUGUGGACAGAAUCAUCAACUAUAUACAACAAUUCGCUGACAAAGUGUUGGACAUGGUGUAUAACGAGAUAGGACUGUGCCUUCCAAUAUGGAAUGUCUAUGACUCCUUCGUAUCCAUUGUCUGCAACUAUAUGGUGGAAUCAUUGAACGCGUUUUGGUUCGGGACUGGAUGGGGGCUGCUAUUUUUCAUCCCGGUCAUGGUGCUUUGUAUGAAGCUGUCGAAGUAUUACAGACGGAUGGACAAACAGGAGGGAUUUAAAGAGGACGAAGAUCCUUUGGACGAAGAUAUCGAUGACUUCUCCCUGCGAUACGAUUCCAUGCAGAAGCAAAAUAGAGUGGCCCCCGACCCGGAAUUUAUGGAUUAG